AUGUGUUUCAACUAAAAGAGUAACGUGGUUAAUUUGAACACGUCGAUCAAUUCCCGUAUUCACCUACUAUCUCCCCACCUCUAAUUUUUUCCCAAUCUUUUCACAAAAUAUCUACGAUUUGCGCGUUGACCCAUUCGAAUUUUCUCUCUUCUGCUUAGAUGCUAAAAGAAUUUUCUAGAAUUAGUUAAUCUACUAUAGUGUUGCUUUGAUGCAAAAGGAAGAAGAAAUUUUCGAGAGAUUUGGUAGUACCUUUGUGGUCUCUGGAUCUAGUAAUGCCAGAGAUCUUACAUGAGGAAAGUAGUUCAUCGUCAUCCGCCUCCGCCGCCGCUGCAACCGCCGGUGAUUUCAAGCUUAACCUCUUUGGAAAAUAUGAGGUAGGGAAACUCCUUGGUUGCGGCGCUUUUGCGAAAGUUUAUCAUGCCAGGGACAUUAGGACGAGGCAGAGUGUGGCGAUUAAGACCGUAAGCAAGCAGAAAAUUUUGAAAGGUGGUUUCACGGCGCAUGUUAAGCGGGAGAUCUCUAUCAUGCGCAGGUUGCGCCACCCUCAUAUCGUACACCUCCACGAGGUACUUGCUACGAAGACGAAGAUCUACUUCGUCAUGGAAUUCGCUAAAGGUGGAGAGCUGUUUGCUAAGGUCAGCAAAGGCCGAUUUAGCGAGGAUCUCAGCCGUCGAUAUUUUCAGCAAUUAAUCUCCGCCAUUGAUUACUGUCACUCUCGCGGCGUCUAUCACCGUGAUCUGAAGCUGGAGAACCUGUUGCUUGAUGAGAAUUGGGAUCUCAAGGUCACAGAUUUCGGGCUAAGCGCAGUAUCGGAUCAGAUCCGACCCGACGGAUUCCUCCACACGCUCUGCGGCACUCCAGCUUACGUGGCACCUGAAAUUCUCGAGAAGAAAGGAUACGAUGGAGCUAAGGUGGAUAUAUGGUCAUGUGGCAUCAUCCUUUUUGUGCUCAACGCUGGUUAUUUACCUUUCAGUGAUUCAAAUCUAAUGGCUAUGUAUCGGAAAAUCUACAAAGGCGAAUUUCGCUGCCCUAAGUGGACCUCACACGGGUUAAAGCUGUUACUGACUCGACUACUGGACACGAAUCCUCAAACUCGAAUCUCCAUUGAACAGAUCAGAAACGAUCCGUGGUUUCGAAAAGGUUUCAAAGAGGUGAAAUCGCAGCUCGAUGAUGAAUUUCAGUUCAAAAACUUCGAUACAAAUCAAGACGGCAAGUUUCUGAAUGCAUUUCAUAUAAUCUCGUUAUCGUCAGGUGUUAAUUUGACUGGAUUAUUGAACUGUUUAGGAGGCAGAGACAAAGUGGACGUUGAAAGGUUUGUUUCAAUGGAGCCACCAGAGAGAAUUACGCGGAGGAUUGAGGAGGUAGCUAAAUCGGAAGGGAUGAGAGUCACCGGUAAUAAUGGCGCCGCCGUGAGAGUCGAGGGGCAAAAUGGAAAUUUUGUACUAGUAGCGGAGAUUAACAGAUUAACGGAGAAACUGGUAAUUGUAGAAGUUAAAGAGAGGGAGAUAGGAGCUGGACCAGAGCGAGGUAUAUGGAAACAGAAAUUUAAGCCGCAAUUAAGUGGAUUUUUCUAUAAACAUGACGGACAGAUUUCCAGUAGCUGAAAAGUUGGAUUGGCUUUUUACUAGUCAACUGAUUUCAGUAUAAAUGAUUUUUUCUGGUUAAAGAAACAGAUUACUCGAUCCAUAUUCAUAUUGCUCAUGGUAUAUAUCUUAACACAACUCGAAUAUUCAUUUCAAGUGCAUAUUCCAUUUUUAUAUAGCAGUGUUGUGAAAAUCCAUAAGAACAACAGAGCGGAUUUUAUGUGGCAAUUGCCAUUUUCUAGCUACUAAGUCCAUGCAAAUUGAGGCUCAAUAGGGGGUACUUUUUGAUACUGUAUUUGAAGCAGCGGAUCAAUUGAUUCAAAGAGGGAGCAGAGCGGGCAGGCAAAGCAGGGCAAGUGUUGGAUUGCACCGAGAACAAUGCCCCUCGGAGCGCAUUGCUUGGGGUAAGUCAAAGUUGCUGAUCUCUUUUUAUUGUAUUCUCUUCCUUGGGAAGCAAACCUUCCUUGUCGUCUGCUGUCUCACAUUCAUCUGGACGAGUGUUGCAUCGUUCUAUCUUCCCCUAAGGUGUAUUAUAUUGAAAGGCCAUACCUAAGUGAUGUCCUAGCUUAGCUUAGAUACACAUGAUCUGGUAAAUUCUUAGAGGGAUAUGAAGAAAAGAACUUACAUUUUCUGCAAAUAGGGAUUCUAUACUACUGUCAACUUUGGCAAAACCUGUUGUAUAACUAUUAUGUGAAGAGUUAGUAGAAGAAUGUAUUUUAGUACUAUAUUUUGUACUCUUUGAAAGCAUAAGAAACAGAGGGGUAAAAGUACGGGGUUAUGUAUCUUUUCUUUUUACCCGAUACUUCUAUUUCCUGAUAAUCUCUUUUUUCAUAGUAAAAUGAUCAUUGUGAUCAUGGACUUAAUUAGGGAUAUCCUUUUCUGGAUAGUGGGAAACGACAUAUAGAAGGAUUUGUUUUUUUCUUC